AUGACUCAGAUUGGACAAUCAGUUGCUGAACUUCAUUCGGCUGCUCAAACGGAGGAUCCUGAUGAAAAGUCUGAGGUUAUGGCAGCAUCUGCAGAUCCAACAAUGAAGAAAGAGCCAACGUUGUCAACGGACACUGAUCCUACAGUUCCCAGACUGAGAAAUGAGCAGCAACCUACUUCAAGAAGGAGACCUUCUUUUCAUGAUGAUGACAUCCAACCACCUGAAGUACAGCGCUACGUGGUGGAACACAUUAUGAAAACUGAGGAAAGUGCUUACCAUCUACAAAGGCUCCGAGUGUUUUCUGGACGGCUGCCUAGACCAGCACAUGAAGCGGACUACGAGACCUGGCAUUCAGGAGUGGAUCUGCUAUUAAAAGACCCAUCAGUUUCUGAGCUUCAGCGAUCAAGGAGGAUUGUAGAGAGUUUACUUCCCCCAGCCGCUGAUAUGCUGAAGCAUUUAAGUUCAGAUACUCCACCUACUGUGUAUCUGGACAUAUUGGAUUCAGCAUAUGGCACAGUGCAAGAUGGAGAAGAACUCUUUGCAAAAUUCAUGGACACUUUCCAAGAUGCAGGGGAGAAACCAUCUUCAUACCUCCAGCGGCUGCAGGUAGCAUUAAACUUAGCCCUGAAACGAGGUGGUGUGUUAGCCAAGGAUGUAAACCGGCAUCUCAUAAGCCAGUUCUGUAGGGGUUGUUGGGACAAUAUUUUGAUUGCUGAACUCCAGUUAAAACAAAAGAAAUUGGUUCCACCUAGCUUUUCUGAACUGCUACUACUUCUACGUACUGAAGAAGACAGGGAGGCAGCUAAAACUUCCCGGAUGAGACAAUAUUUGGGUUCCACCAAACAAAAAGUAGUCAAUCAUGCACAAUUGGCUUGUGUUGACACAGGUGAUGGUGGAGCAGUUGCUGCUUUAACCAAAUUGACUCAGCAGUUGGCAGAACAACUGGCAGACGUACAGCGGCAGCUGGCUAAGCUAACAUCCACCACCACCCAGCCCAGGACUGCAUCACAACCCAAGGUUGAGGGUGCUGCUGGACAGUCAGUUCCAUAUCUGGGGUACGUGGAGCUGGUCAUCACAUUCCCUGAAGACUUCAUAGGAGUAAACACAGAGGUACCAACUCUUGCUCUUGUGGUCCCAGAUACUAGUCCUGAUAGGCCAUCUACUGUUCUUAUUGGCAUGAACACACUGGAAACACUGUAUGAACAACAUCUUAGUAGUAACCAUGUACAAUUUCAACCCAAGGCCCAAGGAUAUCGAGCAGUCCUGAAACUGCUACAGUUAAGGCACCAGCGAAAUCAAUCAGGAAAUGCAGGGACUGUCAGGCUGUUAAGCACCACUCCAGUCCUAAUUCCACCUGGUCAAACCAUUGUUUUGGAGGGUUCUAUUAAAACCACCCCUCCAUCUGUAGAUAAGUGGGCCAUUGUUGAACACCCUAGCUCACCUUUACCAGGGGGUUUAUGUGUUCAGAGUUGUCUAGUUACACUGCCACAGCAUCCACCAUAUAAAGUCCCCGUGAUCAUGAAGAAUGAAUCAGAACAAGAGGUGUCCAUAUCACCAUUAACCAUUAUUGCAGACAUUGGGUCAGCACCUACUGUUUUGUCACAACAGAUUACAUCUCAGACCUCACAACAAACCACUUUGGAGUUUAACUUUGGAGACUCUCCCAUUCCACCCGAGUGGAAAGAACAUAUUAUCAACAAAUUGAACAGCAUUCCUGAAGUGUUCUCUCAUCAUGAUAUGGAUUUUGGCUGUACAGAUGCAGUUAAACAUACCAUUAAACUUAAUGAUGAAACACCUUUUAAACACAGAGCAAGGCCAAUCCAUCCUCAAGAUCUGGAAGCAGUCCGUGAACAUCUUAGAGACCUGCUCGAAGCUGGCAUCAUAAGAGAGUCUCAAUCACCAUUUUCCUCUCCAAUAGUUGUUGUUCGGAAACGUAAUGGUUCCGUCCGGCUAUGCAUAGAUUACAGGAAACUAAAUCUUCAAACUAUCAAAGAUGCAUAUGCCCUUCCUAAUUUGGAAGAAUCUUUUUGUGCUUUGACAGGGUCCAAAUGGUUCACUGUGUUGGAUUUAAAAUCUGGCUAUUAUCAAAUAGAGAUGGCAGACGAAGAUAAGGCUAAAACAGCUUUUGUAACUCCCCUUGGAUUUUGGGAGUGGAACAGAAUGCCGCAAGGAAUUACAAAUGCACCUAGCACGUUUCAGCGGCUAAUGGAGAGAUGCAUGGGAGAUCUGCAUCUAAAAGAAGUCCUUGUCUUCCUCGAUGACAUCAUCAUCUUCUCUGCCACUCUGGAAGAACAUGAGGAACGGCUGCUGCAUGUGCUCUCCCGGUUGAAGCAGUUUGGACUAAAGCUCUCUCCAGAGAAAUUCCCCCGCAACCUUAAAGAGUUGCGAUCUUUUCUGGGUUUUGCUGGAUAUUACCGAAGAUUUAUUAAAGACUAUGCUGCUAUUGUCAAACCACUUAAUGAGUUAACCCGUGGUUAUCCUCCUGCCCGCAACCCUGCAAAGCUGAAGAAUCCAGAAGGAAAGUCGAUCUCCAAGAAGAGCAACAAGCUGAUCCUGCUAUUCGUGAGGUCAUUCAUCAGCUGGAGACUGGUGAGAAGGUCCCUCCAUCAGUUCGAGAGGAGCUACCUGACCUUCCUUUGCUCCUGA